UUGCUAUUUUAUUUUAUGUGAAUAGCAGACGGGCUCAAGCAAAUACAACACAGAGUCAUAAAUGAAUGAGCAAUUUUCUUUUGGGGAAGAUUUUUUACUGUUCAGGGGAAAUAGAGAAAUAGGGGGCAGGAUCUAGGGAGUAACAUCAGGAGCGGUAAAUAUGAAAUAGAGUUGGGAGAGUAUAUAAGUUAGCAAGGAUAGUCUGUCUCAAAAAUAGUCUGGGAAAACUAAGUUCCCAUCAAGUUUAUCUCAAAGGUUGUAGUGACCAUCUUUAAACAUGCUAACUUAGUCUCAGAGAAAAUCUGAUUAAGAGUUUCAAUCUCACAGCAUUGAGACAGCAUGAGAGUUAAAAGUGUCAUCAUUUUACGCAAACAGGACAGUCUGGGAAGCUGAAACGAACGGAGCUGACUAAGGAGCAGGAUUCCUGGGUAUUAGCUAGUUUAGGCAGGCACUCCAUUCUUUCUUUAUAUAAAAGGAGUGAGGUUGGGAAAGAUGUAAACUGAUCAUUGGACGCUUGCUAGUAGCAGUUCUAAUUCAUUCUCCCUGGCCGGGCACUGAACACUUUGGAUCUGGACACAACCUGCCACAACAAAGGGCUUAUGGGAAACACCACCGGCAAAACUCAAUGGGUCGCUAGGUAGCUCAGUGGAUAGAAAACUGACCCGGAGUCAGAGUUCGAAUCCGACCUCAGACAAUUUGACACUUGGUAACUGUACGAACUUGGGUAAAUCAUUUAACCCUAACUGCCUAGCCAAGAUACAAAAACAAAAGCAAAAACAACAAAAAAAUCCUCAAUAGGUCAAAGACCUUAGCGUGACGUAAGAGGGUGAGGGUUGGAGGUGAGAGGUGUGAACACUUCGGACACCGCCUUGUGGGAUUGCACAAGCACCUACUAGGUGUUUACUUAAGGACGGGAGAGUUGUCUUUCUCAGCAUUGCAGACCCGAGGCUUACAAAGCGCUCUCUCGGCCCUCCGCUGCCACUGCGAGCAGCUGGCCGAGAGAGGUCCCGAGACUCAAGGAUUCUAGGAUCCGGAGCCUCCGUGCUCCACGUGAUCCUGGUCUCCGCUGGGAGGUCUGAACUGCAGAACCUUCAGGAGAUCCACCCCCUGAAUCAGCCUUCAAAGAUAAUCUUCCUCCCCGGACGCUGUCGCAGAAAGCUCUUUACCCAGAUUCCGGGGCACCGGCGGAAGCAGCCCAAGACCGUGAAUCGCGCACAAUCCCCUUGUUGCCAGGCAGGAACAAGGCGGGGCGUAUCCAGGUUACGGGGCCGCUAGAUCGUCGGCCUUAGGAGGUGAAGGAUGGAGGAGGCCGGAGCGGCGGCGGCCGGGGCUGCCGGGGCAGGAGCCGGAGCCGGAACCGGAACCGAAGCCGGAGCCGGGGCCGGAGCCGGACCCGGACCGGUGGCCACCGAGUCGGAGCUGAACCUUUCUCGCCUGGGCGUGACCCCCGAAGCCCUGGCGCAGGAGCUGGAGGUGCGGGCCGAGGAGCGGCGGGGCUCCCGCGAGACGCAGCGGCUGCUGCUGCCGCACAACCGGCUGGUGUCGCUGCCGCGGACGCUGGGCGCCAGCUUCCCGCAGCUGCAGCUGCUAGACGUGAGCGGCAACGGGCUGGUGGCUCUGGGGCCCGAGCUGCUGUCCCUGCGCUGCCUGCGCACGCUGCUGGCCAAGAACAACCGGCUCGGCGGCCCCGGCUCGCUGCCCAAGGGCCUGGCCCAGGCGCCGCUCUGCCGCACCCUGCAGGUGCUCAACCUCAGCGGCAACUGCUUCCAGGAGGUACCCGCCGCGCUGCUGGAGAUGCGGGCGCUGCAGACGCUCAGCCUCGGCGGCAACCAGCUGCACACCAUCCCGCCCGAGAUCGAAAACUUGCAGAGCUUAGAGUUUUUGUACCUUGGAGGGAAUUUCAUCAAAGAGAUCCCACCUGAAUUAGCAAACCUGCCUUCUUUAAAUUAUUUGGUAUUGUGUGAUAACAAGAUUCAAAGUGUGCCUCCUCAACUAGCACAGUUGAAUUCGCUUCGUUCUCUUAGCCUCCAUAACAAUCUCUUGACAUACCUGCCUCGGGAGAUCCUUAGCCUAGUUCAUUUGCAAGAGUUGAGUUUGAGAGGUAAUCCCUUGGUGGUUCGUUUUGUCAGAGAUUUGACCUAUGACCCUCCCACUCUUCUGGAAUUAGCUGGUCGGACCAUUAAAACUCGAAAUAUUUCCUACACUCCUUGUGACCUUCCUGGAAACCUUGUUCGAUACUUGGAUUUAGCGAGCAACUGUCCAAACCCAAAGUGUGGAGGUGUCUACUUUGAUUGCUGCGUUAGACAAAUCAAAUUUGUGGACUUUUGUGGGAAGUACCGGCUCCCACUGAUGCACUACCUGUGCUCUCCAGAGUGUUCUUCCCCAUGCAGCUCAGCUUCUCAAAGCUCCACGUCCCAGAGUGAGUCCGACUCGGAAGAUGAGGCGAGUGUGGCUGCCCACAGGAUGCAGAAGGUUCUUCUUGGAUGAGAAAGUUUAGAAAAGUGUGAAUAAAAUAUGAAGACUGGAUGAAAGUGGUCAGAAAAACCAAUGCUAUAACUUGGAAGUUGUUGAAAAAGCAAUAAGAUUUUGAGAAUUUGAGAUUCACAACCUCAUUUUCAUCUUGUGUGCUCAUGGCUCAACUGGAGAUGAUCUGGACACACCUUGUGUUAUGCCAAUUUAUUCAACAGGAAUUAAGAUCAUUCUGUGUGCGGAUUCUUUGAAUAUAAGAGUUGCACAGAACUGCCAUUUCAGAUCUGUUAUAAAAGACAUUGUGAUCAGUAGCCUGUUUCUUUUUGUCUGUGAGAAAUGGCAUGUAGCCAGGUGGUUUAUUCUGGAGUGUCACUGCCACAAUAGACUGUGACUGGUAUAAUCUUAGAGGGGUGAGGGUGGGGGUUGGGCUGGAAAUAGAAAAAUCCAUUUUAUAAUAUAUAAUUAUCAAACAUCUUUGUGUCCUACCCCCUGUUCCACAUUGAUAUAGAUUCUCAAAUGAUUUUAUAGGACCUCUUGCCCCUUGUGUCCUUUGGGACCUUCAGACUUUGGGAAAAGUUUGAAGACUAUAAAUUAUAUCUGGGCUUUAAGAGCCUAUAUUCCUGCUUCUUUAUUAGAUUGCUGCUGUUAUGUUCAUUUCAUCUUAUUCUACCUCUUUGCCAUGACUGUGUAAAUAGUGCCUUCAGCUUGACAAGGAUACAGGGCAGCUUAUCCCAGAUUUGGUGCUAACACAUCCUGUAGCCUUAUUUAUAUACACUAUGCAAGGAACCUUACAAUAUGCUUUUAACAGUGAAAAACAAAGUCCAAAUCAUAAUAUAAGCUCAUAACUGCCUUCCAUUUUUAAACAAGAAAGAUUCUUAUUAGAUUACUUUGUUCUGUAAAGAGAGGGGGAGCAUGCUAGUUUUCAACAUGGAAAAACCAGGGUAUAUGAAAAGUUGCAGGAAUAUUUUUCCCUCCACUGUAAAAUGAGAAGGCAAAAUUGAUUGAGGAAAUUUGAGAUCUUCAUAACACUAAAUGAAAACAAUUAUUUCCUGUAUUUUUUUAAAGGAAAACUAGGAUAAAUGUUACGACCUUGGGGUUGUAUAUUUAGUACACUUAUAUUGUGGAGUAAUAGCAAUGCUGUACAUUUACAUGGAUCUUAAGAAAAUGCUUUCCUGUGAUUACAUUUAGUUCUCACAGGCCUGUAAAGAAGCAGGAAUGAAUAUUAUUCCCACUUGGGCAUUAAGUGACUUGCAUGGCAGAACUAGGGAUUAAUAAAACCUGACUCUUUUAACUCUCAGUCCAGUGUUUUUCCACUAACCAGACUGCCUCUCAGUUGACUUACUAGGCAAUUUUAUACCAAAUAAUGUAAAUUAUUUUUUGCACUUUUUAUAUUGGAAAGUUUACUGGAGAGCAUUACAGAUGUAAUGUGCUUUGGCAUAAAGUACUGGUUGAGAUAACACAGCAUGGAACAGAAAGAAGAAUGAAUUUAUUUUGUGAACCAGAAUGAACUGCUGUUGGGUGAAUGCUCAAAAUUGAGGAUAUAUUUGAACAAUCUAAAAGCAUUUAAUGGUUCUUGGUUGGUUGAGAUAACCAAAGCAUUCAUUUUCCUGGACUUUGAUAUCUUUUGUCCCAUUGAAAUGAAUAAUAAUGAAAUUAAUAAGAUUAUGAAGUUAAUGGAGACCAAGUUGUUUUCCCUUAGUUCAGCCUUAUCUUAUGGUUGAAAAUGACAUGGAUUCCUCUUUGAAGGUUAAUGCCCCAUAUAGCAUUUUUCAUGGAAGCACAUCUUUCCAACUAGGGAAGUGAGACUAUUACUCAUGUAAAAUUUUUUCAUAUAUGAAAGAGUACAACCAGAAAAACAAUUGGGUUUAAACAAAAAUGAUGUAGUUCUGUCUGAAUCUGGGAGUACUCUGUGUUUAUAUGACUUAUCUGGCCAGUUUAUAAUCAUCUGUGGUAAUCACAAUCAAUAGAUUGCUGAAAAAUAAUGUUUUGGGGUUAAUUAAUAUUUUGAUCAUCUCUCACACCAGAUUAUAGUUUGACCUUAUUUUUACUUUUUUUCCUCUGACAGAUAUACUAGUGAUCUACUAUGUUCAGAAGGCAAAGCAACCAUCAGGGUAGGGAGAGCAUACAAAGGAAGUGGAGGCCAGGGUCCAAAUAAUUGGUUCCUCACUUAUAUCUAGAAUUCACUCCAUGGUGAAAUGAAUUUCUAUCUCUUUAAUUUCUAUAGUUGUAUUGUUAUAUUUAAGCUAUCAUUUAAGUCUAUUUUUUACCCCAAAACUACACAUUUUUAUGUUGAAAUGUUUUCUCUAAUUCACAAAGUUUAGUUGUAAAGUUAACAUUUUUGUGUGCAGUUUAUCAGGUUAUUUCAAAAUUUUAGAAUGCAUUUUUGAAAAUGUUAGUUUGUAUCUUCUUAGACAUACUCUGGAAAGUCUAAUACUCACAAUUUUACUGAACCAAUUCUGAACAUGUUUCCUCCCUUUCCCUUAUUUUAAUCCCUAUUACAGAGGUAGUCAAAUAUUUAGCAUUAAUCUUGACUUCGUAUUUUUUGGAUUCACACUGACAUCCUUGACUAAAUUCUAGUAGAGGAAGUAGGUGUAAUAGCUUAUACUUAAUAAAUAUAAGCUAUUAUAGCACCAUAUGAUAUAGACACAUUAUUUAUUCUUAGUAAUUUUUUCUACAGAAUUUCAAACUCAGAGUUGCUCAUGUAGGGAACUUGAACAUUUAGUUCUUUUACUCUGCCAAAUAUCGAUUGUAUGACAUCCAUAAUUAAAUAACAGCUUCUACUCACUAGGGGAAGGUCACACUGUGCACCCCAGCUCUCUUGUAGAUUCAUGGAUAAGAGAAAAGGGUAUUUGGAAGUGGAGAAUAGAAAGGAGAAAAGGCCAUAAUGAGAGACCAAAGUCCAGAAAAUUAAGGCUAUUUCUAGACUGUGUUGUCCAUUGUGCCACAUAAUUGGCAUAUCUUAACUUUUAUCAUCAAUUUUUAGUUUAGUAUACUUCUAAGGAAUUUUUCCCAUCUGAUGUUAGAAUGAAAGUCAGUGGGAAGUAGAAUUUGCUUAACAGUUGGAAUGCUGCUUUGAGAAAGGAGUAAAACCUCAUUAAUUUGGAAUUUGUGGUCAUUAGCGUUAGACUGAAAUUUAUUUACCCUUGUGCGAUCUAAGAAAAGAGGAAUACCUAAGCAAAUUAUGAGGCUGUGCAAGAUUUGACUUACUUAAAAGAAAUCUGUUUUUUAAAGCACUUUAGCAUUAGCCGUUUUAUAAAAAUGCACUAAUCACAAUUUGACACCUGUUUUCUAAGUAUUGAAUGAUGUCUCUUUGGACUGCAUUAUAGAUGGUUAAAUAAUAAAACCACAUUUAAAAUGUUAAAUUUAUAUUAACUUCUCCCUUCUCCCUGGUACGACCAAAUUAAUGACUUUUUAUUAUAAUACAUCUUCCAAAGUACCCAUGAAAACCGUAAGUUCAUUUUCAUUCAGUUUCUCUAAUAAUCAGGCUUUAAAAUACCUCUGGACCAUCUCAGACUAUUUUAUUCUAGGCAAAAAGUACCAUCAUAAUAUCAUAGCUAGCUAUAAAGCCUUUUUCACCCCAAUGAAAAACUUGGAACCCAAGACUAGAGCUACAGAAUUAUAUGCAAUCACAAGUGCCUUGAACUAAACUGAUGAGCAAAUAAUCUGAUAGGACAAGGUAGUAAUAGUUCCCAACAAGUUAACCCUUAUAUUGUUAAAUAGUAAUUCUUUUCUUUUAUUAGAAAAAUUGCAACAUCUUGUUAAAUUAGUUUCUUUCAUAAAUAGUGUAAUCAAAAAGGCUUAUGGAAUUGUUUAUAAUAUACAUGUGUAUGUAUAUUCUUCUUUUCCUGUUUUUCCUUAGUCCGAAUUUGCUAAGAUUGAAGCAUAAGGUACUUUAAACUGGUAAUCAGUUUUAUCAGUAUGUGUUGAACCAUUCACUGCUUUGGGUGUCAUAAAGUUUAUAUAAUCUUAAUUAGAUAUGAUCCCUUCUCUUAAGGACAGUAUUCAGUCUAAAAGCUAAUAAAAUGAUAUUUUGAACCUCUAUUUUCAUUUAGAGAAAACCUGUGGGUAGAGGCUUGCCAGCUUCCUCACAAAGUGAAUAGAACAAAAAGUAAAGUCUUCAAGAAUGGGGAGGUGAGGAGGGCUUAUUUAUAAGUAACUACAAUUUGUAUUCAAAUGCUAUUAAACAGAGGGAAAAAUUAGUUCCUCCCAAUAAUAGGAUUUCUAUCCUAAGAAACUAAGGUAAAAUAAUUUGCAUCAUGAAAUUGAAUGGGACCCAACCUGACCUGUUUGCAAAGCUAAAAACACAUUAGAAUUGAAUGAAUGUUCUUCCAUCUGUGUACUUUUCCCUUCCAAUUAAUUCCAUGCACCAUUUUUCUUCUUUUAGAGAGAAUUUUUAUUAUGUUGAUUAUAUUAACCACUAAGUUUCAGGAGUAUAAAAAAUAAUGAUAUCUUAAGAUUUUUUUGAACGCAAUUCUUUGUGGCAUUUCUCUAAAAUGCCUUAUAAAGUUUUUAGGAACAUACAAUAAGAUUUCAUGAAUACUCUACUUCAGACUCAAGAGGAUUCUUUCAACAUAUGUUUUUGAUUGCUGGUAGCCAAAUCUAGAGAUUAAAAAAACUGCAAAUUUUGAUAGGGAGAAGAUCAGAGAAACAGGUCAAGGACUAAUGAUUCAAUUUCGAAAUGGUAAUGACCUAUUCCAGGGUAUUUCCCAAUCAUUGAUUCUUGCCCCAGCAUCUUAAAAUUUGGCAAAAUUUUACCAGGCUAUAAAACUUGUUAGCAAAGGUCCUUCUUAAAAUCUCUAAAUUUGUUUAACUGCUAUCACUCCUAUGCUUUGUUCUUCCCUUGCUGGUCUUCUUUUCGCUUAUAGUUCCUACUUUUGGCUUUGGAGGAGGAGUCAUCCAGUGAAAUUUAGGUAUUUUAAGUCCCCAGUAUGGUAUGGACUUAAACACUGAACUAAGUGGCCAUAUUGUUUAAUGAAUUCCAGAAAGAAGAAACUAGGAAUGCUGGCUCUAAAAAUGGCCUUUAUCUCAAAUUCAUAAAAGUGAUAUUUGAAAUUACUAAAUCUAAUUGUCUUAAAUCUCUGAAAAAUCCUUUCACAAGUUGAAUAUAAUUGGCAUUAUGAUGAAAAAAUGCACAUCUAAAGCACUUUCUCAACAUAUCUAGAGAUUUUUGUUUUUAUCAUAUGUAGCCUUCCUGAAUACUUAGAAGUAUAGUCGUCCACCAGAAGACAUUUUAUAGAUUAACUAAUACUUGAACUUUGUGGCUCCUAGUGGCCCUCCUGCAAAAAACAGUCUGCCUUGCUUUUGAAAUUUUGAAUAAUGAGGUAAUGAAGAGAAUUCCUUUUGUUUUUAUCAGUGGCAAUAAGGAGCAAAGCUAGUAAAUUGAAGUAAUGAUUCAACAAUUGAGUUUUAAAAUUCAAGUCAAAGAAGGUUUGAGGCAUCAGAUCUAUGAAAGGAUAUGUUCUUUUUUAUAUUGUCAGAAAUUUAAUCAUGUGUAAUUGUAUGUUUGUCGUCUUUGUUUCUUUUUAUAGUACAAAAUCACAAAUUUCUUGUAUUAACUAACCUAUUUGAAUUUGCUUUAUCUAAUAAUAUGCCUUGUUUUUUCAAAAAUGUUUUGCUAGAAAGGUGGUUUUGUAUUGCAGAAAAGUAAUAUCUCAUUGAACUGUGACUUGACAUAUUAAAAGAAAAAAAAUAAAUGCCUUCUCAUUUUUACAGUUAACUUAAAAA